UCGGGUCAGUUCAGUCAGCAGUCAUCCACGCAUCUAUCUAUAUUCCCUUUUCUUAAAUUAGCCACUUUAAGCUUCGCGAUACCGCCCCCAAUUUCAGCGUCGGUACGGAGCCGCCAGGCCGGGACAGAGACGGAGAGAGAGGCCUCGGCCAUGGAAGCGCUCGGACCCGGCCCGCCCGCCCCUCCCUCUCUGUUUCAGCCUCCACGGCGUCCCGGCCUCGGCACAGUGGGGAAACCCAUCCGGCUCCUGGCCAACCAUUUCCAGGUGCAGAUUCCCAAGAUUGAUGUCUAUCACUAUGAUAUCGACAUCAAGCCUGAGAAACGGCCUCGGAGGGUCAACAGGGAGGUGGUUGACACCAUGGUGCGGCACUUCAAGAUGCAGAUCUUUGGAGACCGACAGCCUGGCUACGACGGGAAGAGGAACAUGUACACAGCACAUCCACUGCCAAUUGGGAGAGAUAGGGUGGAUCUGGAGGUGACCCUGCCAGGUGAGGGGAAAGAUCAGACGUUCAAGGUGUCUUUGCAGUGGGUGUCUGUGGUCAGUCUUCAGAUGCUGCUGGAAGCCCUGUCGGGUCACCUUAACGAGGUCCCCGAAGAUUCGGUUCAGGCUCUGGAUGUCAUCACACGGCAUCUGCCUUCCAUGAGGUAUACUCCUGUGGGGCGUUCGUUUUUCUCCCCUCCGGAGGGCUACUAUCAUCCUCUGGGUGGAGGAAGGGAGGUGUGGUUUGGUUUCCAUCAGUCUGUCCGUCCUGCCAUGUGGAACAUGAUGCUCAACAUCGACGUUUCAGCCACAGCUUUCUACCGCGCGCAGCCUGUGAUUGAGUUCAUGUGCGAGGUGCUAGAUAUACAGAACAUCAACGAACAGACCAAGCCACUGACUGACUCGCAGCGUGUCAAAUUCACCAAGGAAAUAAGAGGCUUGAAGGUUGAGGUCACACACUGUGGUCAAAUGAAGAGGAAGUACCGUGUGUGCAAUGUGACACGAAGACCCGCUAGCCACCAAACGUUCCCCUUACAACUUGAGAACGGCCAAGCCAUGGAGUGCACAGUAGCUCAGUAUUUCAAGCAGAAGUACAAUCUGCAGCUCAAAUAUCCACAUUUACCCUGCCUGCAAGUAGGGCAGGAACAGAAGCACACCUACCUUCCCCUGGAGGUCUGCAACAUAGUAGCAGGCCAGCGCUGUAUCAAGAAACUGACGGACAACCAGACAUCCACCAUGAUCAAAGCUACAGCUCGCUCAGCCCCCGACAGACAGGAAGAGAUCAGCAGACUGGUCAAAAGUAACAGCAUGGUUGGGGGCCCGGACCCUUACCUGAAGGAAUUUGGCAUUGUGGUACACAAUGACAUGACAGAAGUGACAGGGCGUGUUCUCCCAGCGCCCAUGCUGCAGUAUGGGGGCCGAGUCAGUACAGACACAGGGCGGGACUGUGGCAGGGGACUAUCUCCGCAGAAUAAAACCGUGGCCACGCCCAACCAGGGCGUGUGGGACAUGAGGGGUAAGCAGUUCUACGCGGGCAUCGAGAUCAAGGUCUGGGCUGUGGCCUGCUUCGCUCCACAGAAACAGUGUCGAGAGGACCUGCUCAAGAGCUUUACUGACCAGCUGCGAAAGAUCUCUAAGGAUGCUGGGAUGCCCAUUCAAGGCCAGCCAUGUUUCUGUAAAUACGCCCAAGGAGCUGACAGUGUGGAGCCCAUGUUCAAACACCUCAAGAUGUCUUACGUAGGUCUGCAGCUGAUUGUGGUCAUCCUGCCUGGCAAAACCCCAGUCUAUGCUGAAGUAAAGCGGGUGGGUGACACUCUUCUUGGCAUGGCAACUCAGUGUGUGCAGGUGAAGAACGUAGUGAAGACGUCCCCUCAGACCCUCUCCAACUUGUGCCUCAAGAUCAACGCCAAGCUGGGAGGCAUCAACAACGUCCUGGUGCCUCAUCAGAGGCCCUCUGUGUUCCAGCAGCCAGUCAUCUUCCUGGGUGCGGAUGUCACACAUCCCCCAGCAGGUGAUGGGAAAAAGCCGUCCAUCGCGGCGGUUGUGGGCAGCAUGGACGGCCACCCCAGCCGAUACUGCGCCACGGUGCGAGUCCAAACAUCUAGACAAGACAUUUCCCAGUGCCCUACUCCCCCUCCUCCGUCUCAUCAGGAGCAGCUCUUCAGCCAAGAGGUAAUCCAGGACUUGACCAACAUGGUGCGAGAGUUGCUUAUCCAGUUCUACAAGUCCACACGCUUCAAGCCCACACGAAUCAUCUAUUAUCGUGGCGGUGUGUCUGAGGGACAAAUGAAACAGGUUGCGUGGCCGGAGCUGAUAGCCAUCAGGAAGGCCUGUAUCAGUCUGGAGGAGGAUUACAGGCCGGGCAUUACCUACAUUGUGGUUCAGAAACGUCACCACACUCGUCUCUUCUGCUCUGACAAAGCUGAGAGGGUUGGGAAGAGCGGUAAUGUCCCAGCAGGAACCACUGUGGACAGCACCAUCACACACCCGUCUGAGUUUGACUUCUAUCUGUGCAGCCAUGCUGGGAUUCAGGGCACCAGUCGUCCCUCCCACUACCACGUCCUGUGGGAUGACAACUGUUUCACUGCCGAUGAACUGCAGCUCCUCACCUACCAGCUGUGCCACACCUAUGUCCGCUGCACACGCUCCGUCUCCAUCCCAGCACCGGCCUACUACGCCAGGCUAGUGGCUUUCCGAGCCCGCUAUCACUUGGUGGACAAAGAUCAUGACAGCGCUGAAGGAAGCCACGUGUCGGGCCAGAGUAACGGGCGGGACCCCCAGGCGUUGGCCAAGGCAGUUCAGAUCCACUAUGAUACCCAGCACACCAUGUACUUCGCCUGAGCUAAAGAGCACGUCAGCCGGUCCACCCGCGGAUUCCUUUUCUUCUUGUACUGUCUUUUUAUCUUUCAUUUGCCAGUCUCUCUUUUCUUCUCCCACAUCUCUUUCUCUCCCUUUAUCUGUCUCUUUCUCUUCACAAUCACUCUACAAUUUCUGAAUCUGCACCCAAGCGGCUCUCGGACAGGGAAAUCUGCUGUGUCUCGAUGUCCAGCAGGUUUUUUAUUUCAAGGAACAAUCUCCAACCAGCGUUCCAAUCGAGCCGCCUCUCAAACCAGCAAUCCAGCACUGUUAACCCUGAGGGUUUCCAAUGCACAAAAGGAAAAAAAACGAAAAAACAAAAACAAACCAUACAUACACAUACUACAAGUUGAGCCAUUAUUUUUGAGUUUGUUUUUGUUUUUUCUAUUUGAAUGUCUGCACUCCUGUGUUUUGUAAGAUACACUGAGCAAGUGAGUGGACUGGCACAAUGUGUGUCAGCACAGCUCUUAGCUCUCCCAGCUAAGCAGGACUCUUAUCUACUUUUACCUCAAAGCCCCUUUGGGCAAAAUCUGUCACAAGGUCUUGGGUUUAUUGGGUGGUUGGGAGGGAACUCUACAUGAAAAGAGAUGGAGGGGA